AUGUCUGAAGCAACAACAACAACCCAUGUUCCUCAUGUCUUGUGGGCACCAAGAUCCGAUCGUAUUUAUGUAACUGUGGAAGUUCCGGAUGCAACCGAAGUAAAAGUAGCAUUGCAAGAUGAGGGUCGUUUAAAGGUUUCAGCCAAUUCUCAUGGAGAUCAUUAUGAACUCGACUUGGAAUUAUAUGGUGAAAUUUCUACUGAAAAGUCAAAGUGGAAAGUAUCCGGAAGAUCCAUUGAUUUGAAUAUUGAAAGAAAGGAGAGUGGAGAAUUUUGGCCAAGACUUACCAAGUCCAAUCAAAAGAAUCGACAAAUUUCAGUGGACUGGUCGAAAUGGGUUGAUGAAGAUGAUGAAGAGGAUCAAUACGAUUGGCAUGCAUCCGGAGGUGAUGUGAAUGAACCAAUGAAUAUGGAUGAUUUCUAUCUCCCACAACAAGACUCUUUCCCAGAAAAUGACUCGGGUGAUGAAGAAGAGGAGGAAGAAAAAGAGGAAAAAGCCGAUCUUUCUGAUCUUGACAAGUAA